AUGUCUGAACCAACUUCUUUGUUUGUUCCAAUUGUGGUCAGCAGCAGUCCACAACGCCAACCUUCAACAAUAUCUACAACAGCAUCAACAACAUUAAUAUCAGGUAGGACUAAAUGCCUAGAGGAUGUCCAACAACAGCUAUCGGAUACCACUCCAUUGCGGACCAAUAGCAGACGGUUGGCAUCCUCAUCAAUGGCCGCAUUCCUCUGUCCAUCACAACCCGACCACAAUUCUAAUAUGAUGAUGACCAACUCAACGUUGUCCACUUCACCAUCUCCUUCCACUUCUCCUUUCAAAUCACCAACGACAUCAAUCUACUCUUUAUCACUCUCUUCAGAUAGUAAUAAUAUUAAUGGUGCAGCUGUAUAUGAUGGCGCCAACACACAUUACAGUCCAGUUCACUCUCCAAAGGGAGAGACAGAUCCAAUAUCAACAUUAUUCCAACAUCUACAAUCACCAGACAUUGAUAUAAGACUGUCGGCUCUCGAGUCCAUCACAUCAGCCCUGAAGGAGCCAGACAAUGAACGACUGCUACGUCUUCAUCUCAACACAAUAAUAGUGUUGGCCACCGAGUCUCCAUUCGAGGAGAUCACUCAGACCUUUACAACAUUCCUUCAUCUGAUACAAGAUAAAUAUCAUAUUCCAAAGCAAAGAACUACAUCAUUCAUAAAGGAGUCCAAGUUGACACCACUCAACACGAGUGAUGAGACAACGAAACAAUUGUUCCAAGAGGUAUUCAUGCAGUCUGGCCGUGUUAAUCGUGUAGUUCGUCUACUUGGAUGGCAUCCACAAUAUCUUGACAAGUUCCUUUCAAGUUAUAACAAGGUCAUGCGUGAUCCUGGCCCUCUGCCAUUAUUUUGGCGCAACUAUAUUGCCAUACUCACGGCCUCACGCUACAACUGCACCUAUCUGGUGUCCCUCCAAGAGCACGAGUUCAUCCAGAACAAGGGCGAUCCCAAGUGGCUGGCAGGCAUCGAUCACAUCCCCAACAAGCUGAGGAACCUCAUGGGGAUGAUUCAGACCAUGGCACAUCAGCCAUGGCACAUGGUAUCCUUUGACAUUGGCUACCUGGUCAAGGGCACCGACUCCUGGUCCAUCGCCGAGCUGAUACAUGCCAUGAUCGUCAUAAGCACAUUCCUCUCACUGUCUGGCUUUGUGUCCUCAUGUGGCAUCCUUCCAGAGUAUGGCCUAAUCACCGAGGAGAAGCAAUGCUUCUCAUUGGAUGAGAGUGGAGAGUUUGAGAUGAACGAUCCAUCAUCCAUGACCAACACCAUCAAGAUAAUGGAGCUACUGGGCAAGAUGAGAGUCAGAUCAUCCGUUGAUGAUCAAGAGGCCGAAGAGACUGGAGACCGACACACAGAAUUCCUUAAUGCAGGUCUCUUUGAACCAUCGCCACUAUUCGACAACAUCAACAACGCAUCCAACACUUCAGAUGGAAGUAGCAAUAGCAGCCAGAGUGGUGGAUCAACAACCAACAAUGGCAUACCAACACAACAGACAUCUUCCCAAUUCUCCAAGUACACUGGAGACUUCACAAUGACUCAUUCCGACUUUGACAUCCAGUCUCGCCAGUACCAAGUGUUCUCUGUGCAGGACUACAGCUGGAAGGAGCACGGCUACGAACUGGUCAGCAGAAUCUUCCCAGAGGUGGCCUCGCUGCUCGACGAGGAGUUCAACCUCGUCUACUCCCUCACCUACAAUCAAUUCAACAACAACACCGAUAUCGACACACUGCCAUUCAGACGCGCCAUCUGGUAUUAUGUACAGCGCGUCAAGGGCAUCUGUCACGACGACUACAACUAUCGUGAGGUCAACAUGCUACUGAACCGAGACCUGAAACACUAUGUAAAGAAGGCUGUAUGCUUCCCUGACAGCAUAACCAAAGAGGACUACUCAAUGUUAGGCUUUGAGUUGCAACCUGCAGAGAAGUGUCAUCUCUCCCUACUGGCAGUAUGUUCACACAAGCAAGCAGUACUACUCUAUGGUCUUUACUCUAUAAUGAGUUAUCAGAAUAGUAGAUAA